AUGAACCGGCGCGCUUUCGGUGCCUGCGCCUCAUCCGGCCUGCUGCUAUAUUUCUUCUGCUUUGCAAACUCAUUUGUCUUGAGUACAAGGCCGCGAGAGCUUGACAGAGCCAACUACCUCGGCGUGCCGUCCUUCAGUCCGCCGCCCGAGCGCGCCGAAUUUCAGGCCAUCCAGCCGCAGUCAGCUGCUUCUUUCAUAGAGAGAAGAAGGAUUUUCCCCCCUCCCACUAGCAUCAGUGAAGAAGGAGAUUUUCCAGAGAAUCCCGUAGGGCCGAGUGUGCAGCGCGCCGGCGCCGACGAUGAGACCCGCAGCCCACCCGAGGAAGAGCAACUGCAGGCGCCGCCCAGAGGCCGCCUGGAAAGGCUGCGCAGGUUUGUAGGGAACAUGGGCAGAAGAGCUCGCAGCCGGCUGAGGAGAAUCUGGACAGGAAUCAAAAGGGGCGCGGCGAAGGUGAAGAUGGGGGCGCGUCGAGCAGCGCGGGCUGUCUAUCGAAAGCUGCCUCGAAUUCGCCGGCAGUCGAAACAGCAGCCCUCCUACCGAGAGCGUCUACUGAGCGGGGAGGGAGAGGAGGGAGAGGCCAGCACUUCGGCCUCUUCUUCUGAAGAAGAAUUCUUACCUGCCUUGACACCUGAGGAGUACAGCGCCAAGUACGGCAGCGGCGUGGGAAAAGCGGAAGAGCGCGCUGCUGCUGCUGAGCCUGAGGCCGUUUCUGAAGUGGUGCCAAACGACUGUCUGGAGUUUCUCAUGGGAGUGAACAGAUACGUGCUGAACGCGAGCCGGCGCGUGCCCGAGCUGUGCGCGCUGUGGAGCCGGUUUUCAGGCACUUGCAACAUUUCAAAACUCAGAGACACAGACAUAUUGGCGGGAAACUUGGCAGAAGUUCUGGUGGGUGCGAAGAAGCUGAGCCGCAGGGACACCAGCUUCAGCGCCGUCAAGCUGAGGCUCGCGCUGGCCCUCGCCCGCGCCGAAGACCGCGUCGCCCGCGCUGGAAGGGAAACAGACAAGGCUUGCUGGCUGGCUCGAGUUCAGCAAGUUAUGAAAAGAAUGACAAGAGAAGAGCGCGAGCUCUUCGAAACAAUCCUCGAGAGCCCCAUGAGCGUCGCCCGCGACCCCCUCAGCGCACUCGCCCAAAUGGGACACCUCAUGAACCUGGUGGAGAAGGACGGGGACUCUUGUGUUGAAAAAGCCAAAGCGGAAGUUCUGGAAAGGGAAAGACUCCAGGACGUCCUCAUGGCGCAGAGAGACAAGCUGGAAGCCACACUGCGCACCAGAAAACUGACCCCUGGGGAGGAGCAGGAAGCUGAGGAGUUGAUGCGGGACCUGCUGCUGCUGCGCAACAGAGAGUUCUGUUCGAAUGAGAUCAUCUCCAUUGUGGCGCAACACGCCAAAAACAUUAAAGCCUUCAUUAUCGACUUCAAAGCAAGCGAAAACGGAAGACGCUGGUGGAAGAUCCAGAUUCCCAUGAAGAUCUCCAGCAUCAUGCCUAUUGCCAGAGGCUCCAAAUCUGUGCCCUCCCACAUCGCCAAAGGCUGCAGAGCUUACGAGAAAAGCAAGCUGCCAAGGCGGAUCACAGAAGUCGCAACUUUCCUGGAGUGGUUCUGGGAAGUGGCGCUGCAGAGGGGUGAUGAUUACCAGCAGUAA